AUGUCAUGCACGCAACACAAAUCUGUCAAAAUUGUUUUCUCUUGGUAGUCCAACUUGGCGCAUCUCUGGCGUUUUUUUUUAUUUUUUCUGCUGCUUCUGUUGUUGUUGUUUUUUACCUUCAUGUGAACACAAGAAAUGUUUCCAGAUCCCAGUGUUUUAAUCAUGGAAAUAUAGCCAUCCCUCUUGGAAGUCCAUUAGUCCUGGGAUGGGUGAGGUCGACGCGUCACUGUAAGGAAUCAAGGGGGAUGGGACACUUUAGAGCUCCGCACCUCAGCCCAGCCUCCAGGAUCCAAUGACUGCUGAAACUGAUUUUACAAAAGUGGGUGGAGGGGGAGAAGCGGGAUGACUCCCCCAAUUUCCCUGCGUGGCCGCUCUGCCGAAGGCGGGGCUCCAAGGAUGCAUUUGACAGCUGCGAGUCAAAAAAAAAAAAAAUGUGCAGCUCAGAGAAGGUCGGAGGAACCAUGCCGCUGCUCCAAGAUAACCGCGCAGUCACGAGGAAUGGGAUGGAAUUUGACCCUCUGUAGUUUGCGUUUGCUCUCCUAAAUCUGAACCAACCGAAGACGAGAAAAAAGACCAACAAAAAAAAAUCUGACCCGGUUUGAUUUAUUUAAAAAAAAUAAAAAAUCUGCACCUUAUAGCGGAUUUUUCUUUGGGUGAAGAUGCAGCGUGCGCUCUCGUUUCCAGCAACCGUGGAGCGCAGUCGAACCAAGGAUCGCUUGGAGGCGAGUCUGGCCGGGCUGUGUGAGCUGGAGCUCCGCAGACAGAGGCAGGAGUGUCUUGUGCUGGGAGCGCUGGCUCUGGGAGAGCCUCCAGCCCAGGAUGGCUCAAGAGGAGAGCUGGAAUGCUUCAGCAGCUGGGGCCAGGAAAACUUGACGCUCAGGCGUCAGCUGAGCGCUCUCCACAGCGCUCCAUGGGGCCUCAUGCAGGCGCUGGAACAGCAGGUAGAAGAUCUGAAGAUUGACAUCGAUGACGGCUGCUGUGAGGGAGCUCAACGAGACGCCGGUGACAGUCGGCCGAGUUCUGGUUUUUAUGAUUCAAGUGAGGGACAAUCGCCAAAAGGAAAACUCUCCUCAGCAGAGCCCACUGAGCCUGUCUCCUCCUGGACUUACGCCAAUGACAGACCAAAGUCUUUAGGAGACAACUUCAUGCUGAAUGGGGAAUUUGAUGUACCAGUUAUUCGGCCCAGCCUUCCUCGUUCCUUCUCUGCACCUCACCCACCACUAGAGGGCAUUGUAGAGGAGGGCUCAGUUGGGGACUCUUGGCAGUGGGACUCCAGCAUUGCCAGCCACACCUGGCAGCAGCAGCAGCCUGCAGAGGAUCAGAUCACAGAGGAGGACUACCAGCAGGCUUUCAGAGUGGAAGGUUACAUGCUGAGUCUCAUCCAACGUUACGCUCUUCUACCGCGGCCAUGUCAGCCUCGCACCACGCUGACCCCUGACCCCACAUACAGCGGGGCCUCCGGACACAGCUCCCAACACAGGAGAACUCCCUCUUUAACCACAGAGCAACGUCUUCCUGACCCCCAUUGUCAGCCCCAUGUUGACCUAUCGGCAAAACUUAAGAGUCAGGAAUGGGGUUGUGACCUGCCUGAGGGGGAAGCCCGAAGGGCAGAGGCCCCAUCUUUUGAGGAAGGUUGUUAUUUGCCUCUUUCCUACCCCCAGCCCAGACCAAACCCCCUGACAGGGAGACUGCCAUCACCUCUGCCCUCCUUGGAGCCAAACUGUGGCGUUGACCUUUGCUGUGAACCUCCAUCCCCCCAACAUUAUCUACAUCCACAGCCCUCUGUUUACCAAGUACACAAUUUAGUAAGUGCUCAGUAUAUCCCAGGACAAGCCUGUCAUGCUCCUGUACGGUCCCCCAGACAUUACAAACCUGAACAGGCAAAGGCCAAUAGAGCAGCAGCCUCUCCUGAUCAGUCCAAUUCAAAGUCCAAAGCUCCUAAAAAAAAUCACAACGAUCGACAGAAAUCCAAAAAGGCAAACAACAAAACCAACCGAUCCCACUCUGAAAACAGCCUACCGGGACAGAGAGUGGUUCCUGACAGGAGGUACAGCACCACAGAGAGGCGUCCAGGACGAACCAAUCCUGCCCAGAACCAAAGCCAAGUCACUGCACCCCAGGUGGCCAGCAAGGGCCAUAGUGGAAACCGCCGCUGGUGCUCCAACCUGGAGCUCAGCCAGGACGAGGGAGAGAUCCAGAAUGCAGCUCAGCCGCAUAAACGAUCUUCUAGAAAAGCUCGUCACGGUCACUCUUGCUCCCAGUCCCACCAUCAGCACGCCCAGCGUUGGCACCAGGACUCUCAGGCCCGUGCCCCCUUGUGCCACAGCGAGGAGGGCUACGCCGGGGCUGCCCCCGCAGAGUCUGAAUCCAGUAUGAGCGAGGUGUACUCCCCGCCAUCCAGCUCGCUGUCCAGCGAUUCGGAUGAGAGUGGGGGGCUCGUGUGGCCCCAACAGCUCCCGCCUCGCCUUGCUUCUACCUCUUCAUCAUCGUCUGCGUCUCCGCAAGCUACUGCCAGUGCUGCGACUCAGCCCAAGGCCUUCGUCAAGAUCAAAGCCUCCCACGCUCUCAAAAAGAAGAUACUCAGAUUCCGAACAGGGUCACUAAAAGUCAUGACCACUGUUUGAGUCUAAUCUCACGCAACCUGUAUCAUGAACGUAUGAAACAGCUCUGAACAUCUUCAUGGCUGCUGCUUUUGGCCACAAAUCCUACACUAAAUAAUAAAAUCCAUUCAUUAAAAUAAACCUACCUCUUCCGUAUCCCUGAUGAAAUGCAUUUACAUUCAGAAAAAUUAUGAAACUAUAGCAUGACCUCCACUUUCUGUCUGGUUGAAAUAAUUUUCAAUUCGACAACCAUCAGAUACUAAAAUGAUGGGCACCCUCCUAUUCUCAUUGGUUCAUGUUACACUGUGCUAACAGAAACAACCAUAAAAUUAAGCAAUUGAACUUGCUUUUUUUGUUUGUUUUGUUUGUUUGUUUGUUUGUUUGUUUGUUUGUUUGUUUAUUGCCUUUUAAAUUAAUCAGAGCUGGACUGUGGGGUUCUAGAAUUUGCUAUUACCUGCAUAAAAUACAUGAAAAAUAUUUAAAGCUACGACACAAAAUUAAUUUAAUGAAUAUCACAGAGUAUUCUGGCUAUGUAAAGUGUACCUCAAAAACAAUAAACAUUAUUUUAGUUAAUUACAAUUUUUGCAGAAGAAGUAGAUGAAAUCUCUUGAACAAUGUCAUGCACCAUUUUGUGUAUUGCCAACUGGAUUGCAAUUUGUUUGCUGGUCGUGACAAUGAGUUGCAUUUCCUACAGGACAUUUUCCACUUUAUUUGUCCUGUUGUCGGUCUCACAACCCCAAAUCAUUAUUGACUGGAGUUUCGCGUAUUUUCUUCCGGCUGUGAUCUUUGUCCGGGUAAGGUUAGAGAUUAUUUAUUAUAACUCCAAUGAACUUCAAUGAGUGCUACCAAAUAAAAUUCAUUCUCCUCUUGAACACAACAUAUUUACUUCACUACUUCACCUACUUUAAUCUAAUUAUCCACUCUCCAUGUUUGCUUCUUUGUAGCCAACUUCUUUCAUGUUCCAAUAAAAAUCACUGUAUCUAUAUGUAAAAAGUCUCAGUGAGUCUUUGUUAUUGGACACCUAAUUACUUUUUUGUGUCUUCAGACAUACUUGACAUGUUUCAACGUUCUACUUCCGUCUUUGUCAGCGGACUCCCAGCUACUGUUUCAAACAUCAAACGAGCAACAGCUGGGAGACCUCUGACGAAGAGGGAAGUAGAACGCUGAAACAUGUCAAGAGACAAAAAGUAAUUGGGUGUCUAGUAACAAAAGAAAACUUAAGUCCCCUCUUCUUUCUUUCUUCUGGUUACAUGAUAAUGGUUCUUGUUUCACUUUUCAUUGUUAAAAGACAUGUAUGUCUUUUCAGUGUCUUUCAGUCAGUACAUUUUAAACUCUUUGGAUCAUUUGAAGGUCAACUCGGAGCCAACUCGAAGUCUUACCUGGGAAUGAAUACUUCUCUAUUUUCCAGGGUUGAACCGAUUUAUCGACCAGACAAUUUAUCGGUGCCGAUUUCCUUAAUUUUGGGAGAUCGGGGAUUGGCUGAUUUUUACAUGUGAAGCCAAUCUUAUCCACUGAUGUUAUCAACUUCGUCAAAGGUCUAAAAAUCAACCACUGUGCUUUUCUUUUCUCCUGUGAGAAAGGUUUGACUGACAAAACGGCUGACCAGGUCAUGUCUACACAUUUACAGUUAACAAUAGUCACCCCAUUAUUGUCAAUUCAGCAACUUUCUUGAUAUAUUAAGCAUUUCAGACAAAAAACUGGUAUCGGCCAAAAUCGGAAUCGGUAAGUUAGGCUUUUAAAAGAUUAGUAAACGACGGUUGGCCAGAAAACUGCUAUUGGUGCACCCCUACUAUUUUCCCCAUGAAUAAACUUGUUUUAGGAGAAUCAUCAUAAAUCAUAUGUCGUGUCCAAACAGGCAUUUCAAUUCCAAAUUAAAGCAUUUGUUGAAAGGAGAAAAAGUUAGCAAUUAAACAGUUAAAAUCAGCACAAAUAUUCAGUCAUUGUUUCAAAGUUGUGUCAGGGGGAACUUGCUGAUAGUGAAACCCUGAAUAGAAACUGAAUGCACGGAGAUUUAUUUUAACUGCCACUGUCUUCAACUCUGCAUACUUGUGGUUUAAUGUUGACAUCUGCCAAUAUGUAGAGACUACCACCGCUUUAUUUUACGGAUGAGCAAAAAUUAAGAUUACUGAGUGACAAUGUCCAGUAGAUACCAUGUUACCAUACCAGUAUGCAUAUAUGCAUGUGCUUAAAGUAUAUCUAAGUGCACAAGCUCAAUAAAAACACAGACAUAGGAAACCACACACUUGUACAUGUUUGCUUUUGUAUAUAUCAUCACGUGGCCUUGUUUGCAAUGAAUGUAGUAUGUAAAUUGUAAUUUUGUCUCUAUUUGGUAACUUUUUUUGUACACAUUUUGUUGGUUUUGUUUACUUUUUUAUGAUUCAAUAAAUAAUAAUAAAAAAACAUGACCUUCCCAAUGCGAGUGGUGCUUCAUUUUUUCAACAUCUUAAGACUAGUAAUCAAAUCUGUUGUCUUUUUUUCUGUUGGCAUGCAGAGUCCCAAAGAAAAAAAAUGAUAUUAUAGUAAAUUGUUGGAAGAAUAAAUAUUUAAGGGUAUUUAAUUUUGUAUAAGAUUACUACUAUUUAAAAGCUCAAAUACACCACUGACAGUGUCAAACAAAAUAUGCUUACAUAUUUUCCAAAACAUUUCACGAAGCAAUGAUAGAAGAUCCUGUCAUGUUCACUUGUUUUAAAAAAGAAAAGUUUGAGCUACCGUUACAGUGUUUUGAAAUACAAUUUUUAAAAAUAGAAGCAACAUAGGUAUGUAAAUAUUUGAAAACUUGCACUGUAAUUCUUAUGAAAUUGUGUCUUUAUGUAAAGGUCAAACAAAAAAAAUCAUUAUUUUAAUAGAACAAUUGUUUACUGUUAAAAAAUAUUUUAAAAGAAUCAGUUUUAUCAAUGCUACAUUUUAUUAAAUAAAAUAUAAUACAAGCAAUGUACCCUUUUUAUCUUCAGAUGUUUAUAAAUGUCUCCCUCUUGCGGUCUGUAAUAGGAACAGCAACUUAAAUAAUAAAACUGCCCUCCCUACAAAUAUAUGUCAUGAAGAGAGAAUAUAUUUAUUUUAAAAAUACUCUAUAGCAGUGUAACAUGUGAAAGCAAGACAAAGUUU